GCACACCACCUGAGUAUUCCUAUCUGUGGUCAUUAAAGUGUGAAGAGGCUAAUUAAUGCUGACGUUAAUUAUAUUUUAACCCCUUGUAUCCCCUUUAUAUUGGGCUAACUUUUUAUGUUUUAAUCUGUGCUAAAGGGAACAUCUGCAUAGGUGGUCAUUUGGAAGUAAAAUUAAUCAAAACAAUAUUUGGCAUUACAAUCAAGACAGAAAAUAUUGUGAAAGGUGGCAUUUUCUCAGUUUCUUACCUUGAUUUAUCUCUGCUGACAGAUUUAAUUAAUAAUUUAGAGGCAGGAUAUUGUAAUCCCAGUAGAAACAAGGACAUUACAUCAAGGUGACAGGGGUGCCAAAAAAAUCGGAACUACCUUUUUUUUUUUUACUUAAACAUGACGUUAGACAACAUUUAGCGGGGCAAAAAAUGAUUGUGCAUAAGUAUUUUUUAUUUCAGUGACUCUGCAAGUUUAGCAGGUCUCCCGCCGUGCAAGCUCCUCUGCAGUGCAUAUUUCAUUUCCGACCUCUGCUUAGUUUUCCUGAAACUGGACUCCAGGCCUGAUAAAUAAAACAUUGUGUGUGUGCUGCUGGCUGAUCACUGGAGCCCUGUCAGCUGUAUAAGUGGUGAAAGGCGACAUAAUCUUCCCCAGAACAAGAUCUGGACUGAGAUUGAGCGCACAGGCACCCAGCAAGGAGGACCACAAACCCCUGUUCCCUGAGGACGAGGAGCAUGUUAGAGCCCCAGCAGCCUGGAGAGCUCCUCCUGCAUGAGUCCCCGCCGGUGUUUGGGAAGCCAUGGUACUGGCAGCGCAGCAGCAGCGCCAUGGAGAGCACGCGCAGCCUGGCGCACGUCAUCAUGGAGAUGCGCGAGGAUAUCACGAAGCUGGAGGAGGAGAACCGAGAACUCAAGGGGGACUAUGGUCAGCGGACAUUUAGGGAAGGCAGUAGAGUUUCUUCAACCGCAGAGCAGAUUGAAAACCCGUACUUGAACCUGAGGAGGAAUGCGUCUGCGCCAGACCUUGAGGGACAAUAUAAAGAAAACACCGUCAUGACAGUCAGGAGGUACUCUAUAACCUCCAACAUGUCUGGUGUAACCAUGAAAGAGGGGGGGUCUGACAGAGCAGCGCGGAGGGACUCAGGAUGGGGACGACUACAAGAAGACAUCCACCAUCACCAUGGGAACAGCAUCUUUGGAAACUCAGCCAGAGGAGAGGUUACCAACAGGCACUCUCUGCAGGAAUAUGUGCACAAAAACAGGACAAAGGUAAAAACCGUGACAUUCCUUCUACCAGUGGAUGACAUUUACACCAGUAGACCAGUUCUCACUAAGCACCAGGAGGGGCCUAAAAUCACGGAGCUGGCCUCAAUAUCUGAGACAGAUUCUUGAAAGAGGAAGCAGAAUCUUAACAGGACUUUGGAUGUGGACCAUGAGACAAAAUGCAGACACAAACUGAGCCUCUGUGGCCGCCUGACAGGUCAACCUCUUCUUAAUUUAGGUCAGGGUGGAUUGGGGCGUUUUAAUGAUCGAGCCAGGAGCUUUAUCACACUCACCACACAAACAGAGGACUCUGGUUACAGGUGUUUGUUUUCAUGCGGCCAUAGAGAUCCAGGCCCGGUCAGCAGCGAUGACACUUGGGGGGGCCCCCUGCAGCGAGGAUCAGAUGUCUGGACUACGAUCUGAACCCUGGGUAGUUAUGGGGUGCAGGUGGUGGCACUUUAACAGACAAUCGUGGUCGCUGACUCAGUCCUCGUGAGAAACUUCUGGUUCAUUAUUUAUUCAUCUUUGUUUCUUUUCUUUAAUGGUCGUCAAGGGAGUCACCUGUGUGUUUAAACAUGUGACCAGUUUCCUGACACUGUUUCUAAAGAGGCCCCUUAUAAAUAUUACCAGUGUUUGACAUACAAAUGUAAAAAUGAAAGUAAGGCACCUUUAACAGUCACUGCAAGCUAAUCCAAUUGUCAUAUCAGUGUUAUGAAAUGUUUUGAUAUAUUUUAAGAAGUUUGUUGAUUGUUGUCAUUGUAUCUCACUUGUGUCCUUCUUGUGGCUAAUUUCAGUAUAAUGAUAUUAACCUAUUUAUGAUGACAUAAACAGAAUUUUAAUGCUGUGAAAAUGGGCCCCACUAAGACUACAUGAUAUGGGAAACAAUGAUUCUAGUAUUUUCACAUGUAUUGUGACAUGAUGCACCUUUAGUGAGAAUUAAUAUUUUUGCAUAAUCAUUUUCAUGUAAUGGUUCAGGCUGAGUUUUCUUUGUAUUAGUUAAAAACCAACUAAAAAAUACUUUAUUGACUAUUUUUGACCUUAUUUUCUAACAAGAGUUUUGGGAUUCUGGGAUGCUGAAGGUUUAGUUGUGAGGUCAAGCCCUGUGUAUGAAGGCUAUAGUUCUCCUAAUGUUCGGCCCGGGUUGUAGUCCGACCUGCGGCUCCUGUCCCUCAUGUCAUUCCACACUCUCUGUCCCAAUGUACUACUCUAUCCACUGCCCUCUCCAAAUAGAGGCAAAAGCCCUCAAAUAAAUAUUUUUCUAAUGGGAUUAUGUUGGCCAGAUACACAAGAUAAGUUAAACAGAACCUGUCAACCUUUACAGAUCUGCUAAUUCCAAAGUGUGGGCAGAGAGGAUCUGAAUAUCCUGUGAUACCAUGUAUUACAAGAAAAUGUUAAUCAACAUCCAGCUAUAAAUCCUGAGUGAUGGUAACACAUCCACAAGAUCUGCAACUAGGACAAGCUGAAAUCAAAAACAGGACUCAGUCAUAUUGAAACAUAAAUACUUUAUCAUCUCAGAGAAAUAACUUUCAGUCAAAAUAAGGGCACUCAUACUGGUCAAAAAUAUCAGAAUCAGAGAUGAAUACAAAUAUUCUCACCUUAAUUAAUGCACACACACACACACACACACACACACACACACAUUUUGGAUCAGCAAUUCUACAGAGCAUUGCUAUUCAGUCCUCU